AGCGUCGUCAUCUUCUUUCUCGGCUUUGGUUAAAAUUCUCUUGGGCGUCUUCAAGCACUAGAAGCACAGGUCGUCACUCAAACAUAGCAUUUAAGACUAUUUUGGAUACAAGACUAUAUUUUGGACACUUUACUCGUCGUUUGAACUUUAUUAUUUUCCCCUAAGAUGGAGUACAUGGUAGAUCAACCUUUGGAUGCUUUCAUACAGACCAGGAAAGGAAGGGGUCGUGGUGGUAGAGGACGUGGUCGAGGAGGUAGAGGUCGUGGUGGGGGUGGUCCAGCUAGACGUAAUUCAUUCGGAGGUGGAAGAGGAGGAGGAGGAGGAUUCCGUCGUCAAUCCAAUCGACCUCAACGCCAGAUGGCCGGGAAAUGGCAACACGACAUGUACCAAGGCGAUUUUAAUGGAAGCGCUCAGGUCCAAACUCCCGCCAAAUCCGGUGGUACCAAACUACUCAUUUCGAAUCUUGAUUAUGGAGUCUCUGAUGAUGAUAUUAAGGAGCUCUUUAGGGAGUUUGGACGUCUGAGGAAAGCCGAGGUACACUACGACAAGAGUGGGCGGUCUGUGGGUACAGCUCAAGUCAUUUUUGAGAGGAAUGUGGAUGCCCUAAAAGCUGUUAAGCAAUACAACGGAGUCCCUCUUGAUGGACGUCCAAUGUCUAUACAAUUAAUGGAUGGGUCUGGAGCUGCCAAAACCUUCACAUCAACUCCCAACAAGCCUAAUAUUAAGCAAAGGGUCGGGCAGCGUCUCUCUGGUGGUGGUAGAGGAGGUUUUGCUAGGGGAGGUGGUAGAGGAAGGGGACGUGGUAGAGGAGGACGAGGCGGUAAGAAAGAGGAGGUCCCAACUGCAGAAGAGUUGGAUGCAGAUUUAGAAGCAUACAAACAGUCAACUGAUUCAUGGACAGCUUGACAUGCAAAACCAUUUGACAUUUCUUUGUGUAUUUAACCUGUAACUGUCAAACGUAAUUUCCCUUGAGUUUUUUGAAAUUAAUUCAAUGUGUAUAACAAUGAUUUUAAAAUUGAAAA